GGCGAUCGGCGAUGGAUGCCGUGUUGAUGCGCUCGCGGCAUUCUCUAGGCGCUGCUGCGCAUCGGAGGCUUACGGCAGCGGCGGGAGUGGCGCCGACGUUCUUGUCUGUGGUACGAUCGCGAAAUCUCUGCGCUGCGGCUGCAAUGGCGGUGAAAUCUUCAGGCGAGAGCGUGGCGAUGGAGCAGUAUUUUCGCUGCGUGGAAGAAUGCAACCGCGGCAGGGAGAGGGUAUGUUUUCUUAUUUCUUUCCGUUUUCACCAGGAGCGAAGGUCGGAGUUUCUUCGCUUUCUAGUGAAAGGACACACGGUUGGCUACAUUCAUCCCAGAUUUGCAGCGCUCUUGGAGAAAUUUCCACAGGUUUUUACAGUUGCUACUACCUCGACAGGUUAUGCGUCUGUGGAGAUCCAUGAACGUCUCGAAACCCCCGAGCAGCGCACAACUGCCGUGGACGAUGCUUUGCGGGUCUUGAGAAGAGAUGGAUUCAUUCCCGGCUGGCGUGACGAGCAUUAUCCGGUCGUUCUACAAUUUGGUUCGCCGGCUUUCUUCUCGUUGGAGCGAGCGGCUGUUCCGUUUUUCGGGACCAAGGCUUAUGGGGUUCACAUGAAUGGAUAUGUCACCAAUUAUGAUGGCUCCAAGCAGCUCUGGGUGGCCAAGCGGAGCAAAAGAAAACAAACAUAUCCCGGUUACCUCGAUCAUCUAGUCGCAGGUGGUCAGCCAGUGGGACUCAGCUGCUCGGACAAUAUUGUUAAAGAGUGCGAAGAGGAGGCCGGAAUUCCAAAACUACUGGCGGAAAAAGCGAUUCCAGUUGGAGCAGUCAGCUACGAGACAAUCUACGCCGAGCAAUGCAAACGGGACGUGCUCUUCUGCUAUGACCUCGAGCUGCCACUCGACUUUGAGCCAUCCAACAAAGAUGGCGAAGUGGAGUGCUUCCGUCUGGAUUCUAUCCCAAAUGUGGUCCAGAGCCUGGGAAACUACAAGCCCAACUGCGCACUGGUCGUUGUCGACUUUUUAUUUCGCCACGGAUACAUCCGACCAGAACAACAGGGCUACCUAAAUCUCGUGCAAAAACUCAAAAGCGGGGAAUGCUUGUGAGGCAAAAAGGAAAAGCAUCGUCCCUUGCCUCUUCGGAGCACAAGUGGAGAGACAACGGGGAAGAAGAAAAAAAUAAUCUUUCUUUUGAUAAAGCCCAAUGCACGGCUCAGACAGCUUUCCUCCCCAUGGGACAGGAGAGAGAAUGAAGCUCAACUUUAAAAAGGAGACCCAAAGGGAUAGGAGAGACGAUACGUCUCCUCCUCCCUCCUUGCUGUUGAUCUCCUCCCAAGGUAUUGCGGCCUUUUCUUAUUUACAAAUAGAGCUUGGAACUUAAUGGUA